CGCGUGCAACAUGACCCUUGUGCUCAAGUGACUGGUCGAGGACCUAAGGUUGUAAAUAAGCUUUGUUGAAGAUAAAGAUACAUUUCUCCACUUGCAUUUUUCUUUUCCUUGAUGUAUCUUCAUGUGCAUUUGGAGCCUUCGACUACACGAGCUCCAGAAACAAGUAGUACCGUGUCAAGAUGAACGAUCCAGGCCUUGACGAGCCCAUCUCGAACGAUGCAAAAGAUGUCGAGAACCAGGUUGAGGACGAACGAGAUGAGAAAAUAGAAGAUGAGCAGGAGUUCUUAGCACCAAGUCGAUGGUGGUUCGCAAGCACGGCGUUUCCCCUCAUUGCAGGUACAUUUGGUCCUAUGGCCUCAGCUUUCAGUAUAUGUGCUUUGGUUGUACAUUGGAGAGUCUACAUCCCACUUGGGGCAGCAGAGCAGAACGGAAUCCCCAUAGAGGAUCCAAAAUGGUUGAUUGGCGUAAACGCUGCACAGUUGGCGAUCGCUAUUAUAUCGAACUUCUUCUUGUUGAUGAACAUGGCUAAGAGAGUUCGGUUCGCUAUUGCACAACCGAUUACUAUUGUAGGAUGGUAUUUGUCGUCGUUUGCUUUAAUUGGCCUGUGUGCCUGUGCCAGUGGUCCUCUCGUUAUUGAACCUCGAUCGGACCAUGCAUUCUCACAAGGAUUCUACUAUGCAAUAUUCUCCGCAGGACUUUAUUUCAUGGUGGCUACUAUGAUGCUCGUCACCGUAUAUGGGGCGUACGCAGGGCACUACGACAAGGAGUUCAAAUUAACAAUGAGUCAGAGGACACUGAUGCUUCAGACCAUCAGCUUCCUUGUAUACUUGUUGCUCGGUGCUCUAGUGUUUUCUCAUAUCGAGGGAUGGAAAUAUCUGGACGCAUUAUACUGGGCAGACUUCACAUUGCUUACUGUCGGAAUUGGAGAUUACUCGCCAGCAACACAUCUUGGUCGAGGACUCCUCUUCCCAUUCGCAAUUGGCGGAAUCAUCAUCCUUGGUCUGGUCAUCGGCUCUAUCCGUUCCCUCGUCCUCGAGCGAGGCAAAGUCAAAAUGGGCGCUCGUAUGGUAGAGAAAGAACGUCAACGCCUCCUCAAAAAGCUACAAAAGAAAAACAAAACGUAUCUCCUCCAACCACUCAAAGAGGACAAGCCUCCCAUCUCUCGUCAGUCAUCCCGGACCCUCGAACAAACCCCCUCCAGCGAACGAGAUCGUCGACAACAAGAGUUCGAAAUGAUGCGCAAGAUCCAAGAACGAGCCCACGAAAAACGUCGAUGGACCUCACUAGUUAUCUCUGGGACGACUUGGUUCUUCCUCUGGUUCGUCGGUGCCGCCAUUUUCGAGCGAACCGAAUACGGACAAGACUGGUCAUAUUUUGGAUCUAUGUACUUUGCCUACACCUCCCUCCUAACCAUCGGCUAUGGAGACUUCUACCCCCAAUCCAACUCCGGCAAAGCAUUCUUCGUCUUCUGGUCCCUCCUCGCCAUCCCCUCCCUCACAAUCCUCAUCUCCAACAUGGGCGACACCAUCGUGAAAAUGAUCCGCGACCUCACCCUCUGGAUCGGAAAUUUUACUGUGCUCCCUGGAGAACAAGGUGUAAAAGCCACUCUAAAAGAAAGUGCCCACAAACUCACGCAAGGGAAACUCUUCAACGACGAAGUCUCCGAGCAGCCGCCUGGAUUACUGGGCGAGUCAAAGCGCCGCAACUCUAAUGAUUCGGAUGACAAUAAAAACGAUCCUGAGUCUGCCGCCCAACGCGCGGCAGGCGAUCGAGCGAAUCAGGAAACGGUUCGAGCUGCAAAACAAGGAGAAUCGAACGAUGAAUUGCCGGAAAGUAGAUCCCAUUAUCAUCUGAUUCUUAUAAAGGAGAUGGGGAAGGUGAUGAAGCAUCUGCACUCCUCUCCGCCAAGAAAAUAUACGUUUGACGAGUGGGCCUGGUUUUUGAAAUUGAUAGGCGAGGAUGAAAGUAGCGCAGAGACGCAUAGGAAGGCGAAGAGGAAGCCGCAGCCGGAUGGGGAGGGCUUGGGAGCUGCUUUGGGGGAUGAUGAUAAGACUGUGAAGUGGAGUUGGGUUGGAAAUCGAAGUCCGUUGAUGGGGAAUAAGGAGGAGGCUGAGUGGGUUCUUGAGAGGUUGCAUAUCACGCUUCAGAGAGAAUUGGAUAAGUUAAGGAAGGAGGAGUUGGAGAGCAAGGGCAAUAGUGGGAAUGAGGAGAAGGGCGAGAAGAUGACGCAGAAGAGACCUGAUGUUGAAAAUGGGAUGGAGGGACCUAGCAUUGACAGUAGUAGAACAGCUACGGAGGAAAAGGAUGCAAGGUCAUCAUAAUGUGGUUAUGGAAAUUGAUUUCAGCGUUCUAUUGGGCUCUGGCCAAUGCAUAAUAGCAUAAUCCUGCAUACUGUAUCCUGUACCUUAUAUCCUAUAGCCUUGUUCGUCAUACGACAGCGUUC